AUGUGCACUAAUGAGGUUGCACUGAUGGGCACUGAUAGGCUGCACUUCUGGACACUGAUAGGUGGCACUGAUGAGGAGGCACUGUACAGGGGCGGACUGACAACUCAUGGGGCCCCCGGGCAAUAGGGGAUCAUGGGGCCCCUGUGUCCUUGCCCAAACUUAAAAAAGCCUAUGAAAAAGGUACCAGGGGCAUCUCAUGGGGCCCCCUACUGACCCCGAGCCCGCGGGCAGUGCCCGAGUUUCCAAAUGGUCAGUCCGCCCCUGGUCCAAU